GAGGUCUACCAGAACGUCUGCGAGUCUCACGUCUGCCACAACGGCGGCAUCUGCAUCAGCCAGUCCCACAAACCUACCUGCCGUUGUACUUCUGGCUGGAAUGGAACUCAAUGUACAGAGAAAAAGGAUAGAUGCGAUCCAAACCCAUGUAAGAACAAGGGAACAUGCAUUGCAUCGGAUGAUGACUACUUAUGCCUGUGCAUGCUUGGCUACACGGGCUCCUUAUGCGAGACCGACCUCGAUGAUUGCGCAUACGAACCAUGCCUCAACAACGGCACGUGCAUUGACAAGAUUGCAUCGUACGUCUGCAAGUGCCCGCCGACUCACAAAGGUCACUUGUGCCAAUACAGGGACGACUGCUUGACUGCGAGGAACCCCUGCCAGGGAGCAUCCACCUGCAUGACGUCAGCCAUCGACGGCACGCUGGUGUGUCGGUGUCCGAAGGGAUACGACGGCGUCAACUGCGAUAAAGACGUCGACGAGUGUUCUUAUGGUAACAUUUGCGAGAAUGGAGGCACAUGUCGCAACCUUCCUGGCUCCUUCCAAUGCCAGUGUCCUCCGCAAUAUUAUGGAAAAACUUGCCACAACUUGAAACCGUACUGCAUCUCAAAUCCCUGUCAGAAUGGCGGCACGUGUGAAAAUCUUCUUGGAGAUUAUGUCUGCCACUGUGCUGAUGGUUAG